AUGGCUGCGCAGGGCAGCGCUUCAGGGGCAGGGCUGUGCAGAGCAGCGCUUCGGUGCAGGGCUGCACCGAGCAGUGCUGCGGGGCAAGGUUGCGUGGAGCAGCGUUUCCGGGCUAGAGCUGCGCUGAGGCAGGGCUACGCUGGCCAAGGCUGCGCCAGAGCAGACGAGCGCAUCCGGCGAGCGCAGCACUUCCGAGCUGGGCGCCUGUGUUGCGCUGACCUCACCAAAGGGACACAAGGACCUGCAAACCAAGAAUUUGAGAAUUUUCAGAAUUUUAGAGUUUUCAGCUUCUCUGAGCUCAAGCAGGCCACCAAUAACUUCAGCCGAUUGCUUAAGAUUGGGGAAGACGGUUUUGGGAGUGUUUACAAAGGCACCAUCAAGCCUCUUGAUGGAAACUCUUCUGAUCCUACUCUUGUUGCUAUCAAGAAACUCAACGGGGAUGGCUUUCAGGGUCAUAAACAAUGGGUAGCAGAGGUGCAGUUCUUAGGCGUUGUGGAGAUUCCGAAUCUGGUGAAACUGAUCGGAUAUUGUGGUGUGGAUGGAGAGAGACACUACAAAAAAACUUACUAUCAAACACGGCCGCCGGUGAAAAACUCUACUGACGGCGCCGCCGCCGGCAAUUUGCCGUUGCUAAUCGGCUCAUCGUUAACGACGGCGACCGUACGCCGCCGUUAA